AUGGAGCAGCUCAUCGCCCCGACGCUUAUUGCCCUGAUCAAGCACUUGCCAAAGCCCUUGAAAAUCGGAGGCACCACGCUGCGAAACCGGUUUAGCAUGUCCUCGAUUUCUCGCAACCGGUCUGACAACACUUACCCUAACGUCCUCAAUGGAGAAUACUUCUACCAACGGGCUCUUGAAGAGGCGGGCUUCAUUUGUGCAGGGGGUGCCUUGAUCGAAGCCCAAGGCACAUCCAUGCGAGAAACGCCACAAAUCGACACCUAUGAGCACAUGCUGGCGUGGAAAAAGGGGGUCGAUAAAGUUCACCAAGUCCCUGGUGCCAUUCAAGCUCGGAUGGUGAUUGCUCCUGAUAGCGACGGCGUAUAUGAUCCAGAACCGGGACUUGCCAAGGCGUAUUCCACACCAACAGCAAUCGAAAACCCGAAAGAUAUUGUGGAGCAGUUCCGUAAGUCAGCAUUUCUGGCCAAGGAAGCUGGGUUCGAUGGCGUCGAACUGCAUGGAGCUAAUGGCUAUCUUGUUGCACAGUUUUUGGAUGACACUGUAAAUAUUCGGACUGACAGCUAUGGUGGUUCGGUAGAAAACAGGUUUGGGGCCCGAAUAAAGUCGGUAUCAAAUUAUCUCCCGCAUUGGGGCGUGGGCAUGUUCCUUGUCGAGAGACAGAUAGAACAGAUCACCUGCCUGAUCAAAGAGCUAGAUAAGCGCCCAUUGGCGUACAUCAAUCUCGUCAGAUAUCUUGAGUGGAUGGACAUGGAAGUCGAUGGCAAGAUGCGCGGUCCCGUGCACGACGUGUGGGCUACAUAUUGCCACCUAAUCAAAAAUGCGAAGUCGUUCUUGAACGGAGCAAUCUCACUUGUCGAAGCCGAAGAACUACUCCAGAAGGGACAGGCGACUUGA